ACGCAGAUAUUGCGCUACUAAUCGUGAGGGGAUAGUAAUUAUUUGUGCUCAGUACUGUAUACUGGUACUUAAAUGUUUAUAUUACUGUAAAAUACGUUCUUUUAUCUACCCAUUUCUCGGGGUGACGUCAUACACUUGAAGAUUAUUCAAAUAGUUUGUACAUUUGUACAUUUUAUACAGUUAUUGUCUUGUGAAAGUCGCAAAAUGGCCAAUUAUACCGAAGACCAGAUGGCAGAGUUCCAAGAGGCUUUCCAUUUAUUUGAUAACAGAGGUGAUGGUAAAAUACAUGUCUCUCAAAUUGGUGAUGCUUUACGAGCUUUGGGCCAGAAUCCCACAGAAUCUGAUGUAAAGAAAUAUACCCAUCAACACAAACCCGAUGAACGUGUUUCAUUUGAAGUUUUUCUACCUAUUUAUCAGCAAAUUUCAAAAACACGUAGUGCAGAUACUGCUGAUGACUUCAUUGAAGGAUUAAGGCAUUUUGAUAAAGAUGGUAAUGGUUACAUCAGUUCUGCAGAACUUCGCCAUCUUCUGACUACUUUAGGGGAGAAAUUAACAGAUGAUGAGGUGGAGCAAUUAUUACAAGGACAAGAAGAUUCACAAGGAAAUGUUAAUUAUGAAGAAUUUGUGAGGAUGGUGAUGUCUGGAUAGAUUUAACAUAAUAAUGAUUAAGUGCACUUUUAAUUAAGUACACAAUAUUGGAGUAGAUGCAUUUUUUAAAUAUUUAUUUCUAAGUGUAUUCAUUCCAAUUUAUUAAAUAAACAAGUGGUAUUA